UACAGCUUCUAAAACCAUAAUUCAAAGAAUUCUCGGGAUUUCGAUGAAGAACUCUUCAAACAUUUCUGUUAUCCAUUGGACCCAAAAUGCAAUCAAUCUACGGACUGGGCUCUUCCCGCUAUCUCCAAUUUCCCCAAUUCCCUUUCCGUUCGAUCUCCAAACAUUCUCCGCUAAAACCUCGCUGCAGCCAUGGAAGCGAGAGCAGAAGAACAAGCCUCAGUCUCAGAACCACAUGGCCCUCCAUCUCCAUUGCCCUAUUCGGGUCAGGUUUUCUUUUAGGCCCUCUCCUCGACGGACUCCAUUCGCGGGUCAAUCUCGUGGUUUAUCAAACAGGAUCGAUUGACGUCGGCCCGCUCCACACCAACAUCUGGGUUCCUUUCUUGCUGGGAUUGUUUUACUCCACUGUUGGGUUGAUGCAACUCUACAUAGAUGAAAAUUUCUCACGAAAUAGUUCAGAGGGGAGUUUGGGCAGGACAGUAGCAUCCCUAAUAGCAUUGGCUUUGUUUAUUGAACUGAGUGCUGAAAUGUACAAAGCUGGAGUGGCAGACAACAUAGAGGCAUAUGCUUUGUUUGCUGGGGCUGAGUUGAUUUGGGCAUUUCUUGAUAGCUCGUUGCUUGGCUUCUCACUGGCUUGUGUUGUUGGCCUUGGCUGUCCUCUCGCUGAGAUUCCCAUUAUGAAGUUCUUCCAUCUCUGGUCUUACCCACAAGCGAAUGUGGAGAUCUUUGGGGAGGGGAUAAUCAGCUGGAUAAUCACUUGCUAUUUUGUGUACACUCCAUUCUUGAUUAAUCUAUCAAGAUGGCUCAAGUCUGUGGUGGAUGCUGCUGCUGUAAAGAAAGAUGAAUCUGCUUAGUAAAAUCUUUUGUGUGCCAAACAGAUUGGAAGGUAAAUAUUUAAUUUUCAUUUUAAUCUCCCUACUCUUUGUAUUUUGUGCAUAAUACCUUGUACAUAAUGGACACUUGUCAUAUAUCAAGGUGCUUCAAUUUCUUAUUUAUCACAAAACGA